AUGAGAUUGACUUUUGCGGGCAGUCGCAUGGAAUUUAUCAGUUAUUUUUGUUAAAGUAUUAAAACAUUAUGGCUUCAAUUCAGAAGGAGGAAGAGUUGAAAAAAGAUGUUGUCGAGAACGGUCAAGAUGACGAACUAGACGACGUUGAGGAAGAUAUCAAGGAUCCCGCCAAGAAGAAGAAAAAGAAAAAAAAGAAGAAGAAGGCAGAUUCAGAAGCAACCGGUGAUAACAGUGAAGUGACCAAUGCAACUGAAAAAGUUAAAUCACUGUCUGUGGAAGAUACUUCACCUGAGGGCGAGGAGAAGAAGAAAAAAAAGAAAAACAAGAGCAAGGGAGGUAAAGGAGCUGCAAAGGAACAGACCAAUCCACCCACCAUACCUAUAGCGGAGUUGUACCCGCAGGGUAACUUCCCCGAGGGUCAAAUAAUGGAGCAUGGGCCAGCUGAAGGCAUCGAUGAGAGGACUGCCAAGGACCGGUUCUCCAGUGAGGAAAAGAGAGCCCUCGACAGGAUGCACCAAGACAUAUACCAGGAGAUUAGGCAUGCCGCUGAGGCACACAGACAGACACGGCAGUACAUGCGCGACUGGAUAAAGCCAGGCAUGACCAUGAUUCAAAUAUGCGAGGAGCUGGAGUCCACGGCCCGGCGCCUCAUUGGCGAAGACGGGCUCAAGGCGGGGCUAGCUUUCCCCACCGGCUGCAGUCGCAACCACUGCGCGGCGCAUUAUACACCUAACACUGGUGACACCACAGUGCUUGAAUACGAUGACGUAGUGAAGAUCGACUUCGGCACGCAUAUCAACGGACGCAUCAUCGACUGCGCGUUCACUCUGCACUUCAACCCGCGAUACGACCCGCUGGUGAAAGGAGUGCAGGAGGCGACCGAAGCUGGUAUUAAAGCUUCAGGAGUCGAUGUCAGGCUGUGUGACGUAGGCGCCGCGGUACAGGAGGUUAUGGAGUCACACGAAGUGGAAUUGGAUGGCACCGUGUAUCAAGUCAAGCCUAUACGUAAUCUGAACGGACAUUCAAUUGGACCAUACAGGAUCCACGCCGGUAAGACCGUGCCGAUUGUGAAAGGCGGCGAGACGACCCGCAUGGAAGAAAACGAAUUCUACGCCAUAGAGACCUUCGGCUCCACCGGCCGAGGCCAGGUGCACGACGACAUGGACUGCUCGCAUUACAUGAAGAACUUCGACCAGCAAUUCGUCCCGCUAAGGUUACAAUCAUCAAAGCAACUGCUCAACCUGAUCAACAAGAACUUCAGCACACUGGCCUUCUGCAAGCGCUGGCUCGAGCGCGCCGGCGCCUCGCGCUACGCCAUGGCGCUCAAGGACCUGUGCGACAAGGGCGUGGUGGACGCCUACCCGCCGCUCUGCGACGUCAAGGGCAGCUACACCGCGCAGUUCGAACACACCAUCCUGCUACGCCCCACUUGCAAGGAGGUCAUCUCGCGCGGAGAUGAUUAUUGAGACCAUUUUUCUUUUCAAUACAGCCGCAAGGGAGGUCGUAGCUAACCGUGCUCGCAGCCAUAUGAAACAACUGUCUCUCAUCAAGUGGGUUACAGAGUUUCGCCAAGAACCUCCAACGCGUAUGGCCCCUAUUUCUGAAUGGGCUCCUAAAGUCAUGUUUGCAUUUAUGACUUGCGUAAACGGCAAAGCUAAAACAUUAUUGUUGAUGUUAAAGAAUUACUCUUAAAUCUCUUCCAGACAUAGUUGCGACCGAAAUGAUCAGUACAAUUUAUAAAAUUGCUAACUGUUGAAUAAAUACUAGAAUGAUUUGACAGUAUUUGUGUUCUAUCAUAUUUUUGUUUUACAAAUAAACAAUACUGCUGGGCAUUGGACAUAAAAGUUAAUAGUUGAAAUAUUUACUAUUUUUGUGAAAUUAUGAAAUAUCAUGUCAUUAUUAAAUUGACGAGACAGAACACACAACUUAAGGUUAUAAUUUUGUAAUUCUCCUUUUAAAAUCUUAAUACGUUAGGAUUUAAAUAACUCGUUUUACAUAUAAUAAUUAUAGAAUAGACUAACCCUAAUUUGUAUACAUUUGUGUUUUUAAACCUGUGUUGAUGUUGUUUCUAAUAUAGCAAGGUGCAGGCAAAUCACGAUGAAAUCGUUGAUUGUGAAUUCUAUUGAUUGCAGUGAUUUUUUUAAUUGCUGCAAUUGAGAAGAACUUUUUAGCAAGCUUGUAUUAUUUUAACCAGUCUUGUUGGUGCAAUACAGAAGUAUUAGCAAGAAACUUGUCAAUAAAUCAACUUAUCU